AAAAAUAACAAAGCUGUAUUCCUUCGUUACAAUGAAUUUGUCCAAUGUAACAAAAAUGCAAACAAAAUUCUUUUAUCUUAAGCAAAUCGUACCUAGUUUUCAUCUAAAGUAAUACUUAUUAAAUUCUAAUCUAUACGAGAGGAUUGCAUCAAGGGUAAAAUAGCCACAGGUAGCCUGGCGUUAGCGAGCGCAAGGGCUAGGGAAGAUGGAUAAGACACCGCGCGCCGGGGAUUGGGUUGAGGUGGAAACAGGUACUAAGAAAGAAGUCUGAAAUAGCUCACCGAUAUACACAAGAUACAUCCAUUCUAUUUCUAAACGGAAAUAUGUUAGCCCACUUAUAUGAAGGCCAAACUCUGCCGCUGACCCUCUCUUAAGAAGAUGAGCCCCUUGGGGGGAAAUGAGCCCUAAAGCACUUCUCUUGCUGUCAGCGGUAAUAAUGGUGGCAGUUAACGCAAGAAAAGCACGAGGGAACUUGGUUAUCCCGGGCGCAGUGACCUUUCGUCAGAGAUGGUCUGACUUUAAGGCUACUGCAGGAACCUCUCAAUACCGGGCGAUGACUAGAAACAUCGAAAAUGCCAUCAGGCAAAGUCUUGGCGACAUGGAGGCGCUCAGGAAUAUUAGUGUAACGCAGCUCAGAGAGGAUAAAGCUACCAAGAAGACCACGACACAGGGAUACCUGACAGCAGAGUUCAACCUGGCUAUGCGUCACGCUGACGUGACAAGGCUACAGAAGUGGCGUGACAUGGUCCGUGACACAGGACACUUGGGCGAACUUCCGGUCAAGAGACACUCUCUCCAUCUCAAAGAGUUACAAUUUCGCCAAUCUGACAUUCCACUUUCAUACAACACGUGGCCAUCCGGGUCGUACGGACUUCCUAAACCAAUGACAGGGUGCCACGGUGAUAAAUGGAGGGAAGGAUUCCGUUACCAUGACACCGAGAACAAUGAUAACCAAAAUAACCAAUCAGCGAUAAGCCACUUGGCGGGGAAUGUCACGCUUCAUGGUAUUCGACAGGAGUUUUGUAUCCACGAGGGAGGGGAGGGAGAGGAGCGUUUAUGGCCUCAAGGACAGUACUGUAUCUACAAGAAGGGCGCGUUAUGCCCUGCAGGGCUUAAUGAAGGAUGGAUUCGCUGGGACGAUGAGAACUCCGAUAUCGAUUUCCCCAACAGCGAGGGGGGUUCACUCCCUGAAGGGAUCUACGGCGAAAACACUGUCAUCUAUUAUUGUUGUGACGGCAGGGGGGACACGUCUACGCCCAUUUGGCUGCCGUCAGGGGGUCCUUUCUACUUGAUGACGUUCAUAUCCAAAACUUGUCAGACGGUUCAUCGAUUUAAGGCGACACUAGAGUUCCGUCACUUUGAUGACGAGGAUCAUGCAAACAGAAACCAGCACAGUGGCGCGGUGCCUUAUGGGAUUACAGAAGACAAGUAUAACACUCGAAUAUACUACUGCUACUAUACGCCAGUUAAUUGCGAUUCAGACGAUUUUGAUGACCCCUCCUGUCCCGUGUGGCUACCGUCUGAAGAGCAGGGAACAAAUAAGAUGAUGGAAUUCAAGGCUGAUAGGAACACGCCGAACCACGCGUUUGCUGUGGGGAGUGGUGUGGGGCUACUACUGAUGGGCACCACCGCCUUUUGCGUCAUGCUAAAGAGAUUCGUCACUCGAUCGACGACGGUUUAUUAUUAUUGAAGGUUACGCCUCUAUCGGCUAUACCCAUGACACAGCAUUAGCAACGAUGGCGGAAACGCAGACGGCAAUGGCAGGAAAAUACACUGACACGUCAAGGAGCUAAUCGUGACUCUGUCUGUUUAUCUCAUAAUUAUCCUCCCAAACUGCGUCGUGAAAGCUUCAAGUUUGACGGUCCAAUUUCUUACUUUUUGGUUAUUUUAACGCCCCGUUAAAAAUAUCCUUUGAGGCAAAUACAAGGGAAAAAUCUCAAAGGAAAACGUCUUAGUUAAUGUUCUUUCAAAAUUUUCAGGAGAUUACAGGCUGAAUGUUAAUAAAUAUAAAUUUCACACAAAUAUAAGAUUUUUUUAUAGCUAAAAGAGUAUACUGUGCAACAUUUUAUUUAAAUUAGUGUAGUCUUUAACUUGAAGAUAUAACCCAUUACCAUGGCAACACGGCAUGCUUAUAAACUAUUGCAUAAAGACAUUCUUAUUUUAGCAUGGAUCUCAAUAUAGAAAUUCAUAAAAUCAAAUAAAUGCUGGAAUAGAAA